AUGAAAGUAUUUAAAGACGUUUUUACAAAUGAUGAAGUAUGUUCCGAUUCUUAUGUUCAACAAGAUCCAUUUGAAGUACCAGAAUUUAGAGAAAUAGCUUUUGAAGUAAAAUCAAAUAAAAGAAUAAAGGGAAAUGAAGAUUAUGGUAUUGCUGAUAAUAGCGAAGAUGCUGUAGAUGGUAUGGGAGCAGAUGUUGAACAUGUUAUUGAUAUUGUUGAUUCCUUUCAAUUGACCUCCACUGCUUUUAGUAAAAAAGAAUAUAGUGCUUAUAUUAAAAAUUAUAUGCAAAAGGUUGCCAAAUAUUUAGAAGAGAAAAAACCAGAUCGUGUUGAAAUUUUUAAAACUAAAGCCCAACCAUUUAUUAAACACAUUUUAACAAACUUUGACGAUUUUGAAUUUUAUAUGGGAGAAUCACUUGAUAUGGAAGCAGGUAUUAUUUAUUCUUAUUAUAAAGGAGAAGAAGUAACACCACGUUUUGUUUAUAUAUCUGAUGGACUUUUUGAAGAAAAAUAUUAA